AUGAAACGAAAUAAUAGUGAAUCUCAAUUAUUAUAUUAUUAUAAUAAUACCACUCCUACUGCUACUGCUAAUCCUACUGCUAAUCCUACUGUUACUACAUUAAGUUUAUCCACUUCAUCUCCCACCACUAACACGAUUGUGAAAAAAUUUAAAACACGCGAAUUUAUUAAUAAACCACCAUCAAAUUAUAUCUCCUUGAAUAAUGCAUCAAUUAUUCCUAUAAAUAUAUUACAAUUAUUAAAUUCAAUAAAUCCCAUGAAUGAUGAUAGCACUAGUUCUAGUUCUAGUUCUAGUUCUAGUUGUUAUUUUAAAUUUAUAUUUUUUUUAGGAGCUCAAGGUAAAGAAUUCAUUCCUACUAUACAAUAUCAAUUCCCCUUUAAUAUUUCAGUCACAUUCAUCACCUCAAAUAAUGAUAGUAGUGGUGGUGGUAGUAGUGGUGGUGGUAGUAGUGGUGGUGGUGGUGGUGGUGGUUGUGGUUGCACAAAUGAUCAAUGUAAACAAUUGAUGAAAUUUUUUGAAAUUAAAGAUCCCAUGGGAGCAGGUUUAUAUCCUUUAGAUUAUUUAAUAAUUAUUCAUCAAAAUAAAGUACAUUGUAAAAUACCCAUCAAAUUUAAUAACAACUCGACCUAUACUAAGCAUUUCAAGGUUGUUGGAGGGAUGUCAGGACAUCUUAAAUUUGGUAUUGAUUUAAAUGAAUUACCUUCAUUAAUAGAAGAAUAUAUUAAUUACCAACCAUAA